UGCUCCAAACAAUCACUAAACGCCAUUUGCUUAGCUUUUCCCUCUUUUGAUUUUUCAUCCAACACGUCAUCUCUCUCUCUCUCUCUCACCGGAAAAAAAAGUCUUCACCUUUCACCGGGAAAAGUCUUACCCUUUUCAAACCCGGCGGCUGUUCACAUGAACGGCGGCGCAACAUCAUCAAUCAAUUUCUUGACAACCGGCGACGAUGACGCGUCGGCGGCGGCGAUGGAAGCUUUCAUCGGAACAAACCAGCACUCAUCUCUGUUUCCUCCUCCACCACAACCACAACCACAACCACAAUCUCUUCUUCCUCCUCAGUUCAACGAAGACACUCUCCAACAACGUCUCCAAGCUUUGAUAGAAUCCGCCGGAGAGAACUGGACUUACGCUAUCUUCUGGCAGAUCUCGCACGACUUCGAUUCAUCAACGGGAGACAACACUGUGAUCCUCGGUUGGGGUGAUGGUUACUACAAAGGAGAAGAAGACAAAGAGAAGAAGAAGAACAACACCAACACGGCGGAGCAAGAGCAUCGGAAAAGAGUGAUCCGCGAGCUUAAUUCGUUAAUCUCCGGCGGAAUUGGAGUUUCCGAUGAAUCAAACGACGAGGAAGUCACGGAUACUGAAUGGUUCUUCUUAGUCUCGAUGACUCAGAGCUUCCCUAACGGCGUUGGACUUCCCGGUGAAUCUUUCCUAAACUCUCGUGUGAUUUGGUUGUCCGGGUCGGGUGCUUUAACCGGGUCGGGUUGUAAAAGAGCUGGUCAAGGUCAGAUUUAUGGGUUGAAGACGAUGGUGUGUAUCGCUGCUCAAAACGGCGUCGUUGAGCUUGGUUCCUCGGAAGCUAUUAGCCAAAGCUCAGAUCUGAUGGAUAAAGUUAAUAGCUUGUUUAAUUCCAACAACGGUGGUAACAAUGGUGGUGAAGCUUGUUCUUGGGGUUUUAAUCUCAACCCAGAUCAAGGUGAGAACGAUCCAGCUCUGUGGAUUAGUGAGCCGGCGACGAACACCGGAGUCGAGUCUCCGGCGAGGGUUAAUAAUGGUAAUCACUCGAAUUCUAAUUCAAAGUCAGAUUCGCAUCAGAUUUCGAAGCUUGAGAAGAAUGAUAUAAGCUCUGUUGAGAAUCAUAAUCGUCAAAGUUCGUGUCUUGGUGAGAGAGAGUUGAACUUUUCGAGCUCUGGGUUGAAUCAAAAUGGGAACUUUCAAGGUGGGUUGAAGUCGAACGAGACUUUAAGUUUCUGUGGUAACAAUGAGAGUAACAAGAAGAAGAGGUCUCCCGUUUCUAAAGGGAGUAACAACGAUGAAGGGAUGCUUUCUUUUAGCACUGUGGUUCGAUCCGCUGCUAAAUCUGGUGACUCGGAUCAUUCUGAUCUCGAAGCAUCUGUUGUUAAGGAAGCGAUUGUUGUUGAGCCACCGGAGAAGAAGCCGAGGAAACGUGGGAGGAAACCGGCGAAUGGAAGAGAAGAGCCGUUGAAUCACGUUGAAGCAGAGAGGCAGAGAAGAGAGAAGUUAAACCAGAGGUUCUACUCUUUGAGAGCUGUGGUUCCUAACGUUUCCAAGAUGGAUAAAGCUUCUCUUCUUGCAGAUGCUAUUUCGUAUAUCAAUGAGCUUAAGUCGAAGCUGCAACAGGCGGAGAUCGAUAAAGAAGAGAUUCAGAAGCGGCUUGAUGGGGUAAACAAGGAAGGGAAAGGAGGCGGAGGAGGGUCGAGGGGUAGAGAACGAAACUGUUCGAAUCAAGAUGCGUCGAUAGAGAUGGAGAUUGAUGUGAAGAUCAUAGGUUGGGAUGUGAUGAUACGUGUACAAUGUAGCAAGAAGGAUCAUCCAGGUGCUAGAUUCAUGGAAGCGCUUAAGGAGUUGGAUUUGGAAGUGAAUCAUGCGAGUUUAUCCGUUGUGAAUGAUUUGAUGAUUCAACAAGCUACCGUGAAGAUGGGGAGCCAGUUUUUCAAUCAUGACCAGCUCAAAGUUGCCUUAAUGACCAAAGUCGGAGAAAACUAUUGAACGAAGCUGGCGUAUUGAAGAAAUGAGAAGACUAGUGUAAUUGUAUGAUCUUAGACACAAAAAGAUCUCUCUUUGUAAAGUAGUAAGUAUCCCAUUUUGCAUCACUCGCUUCAUGUUGUUUAAUAUUGUUGUUCAUUAGGAGAACUUGUUUAGUUUCUUAGUGUAGUGUUUCAUAAGCCUCAAGUGAAGAACGAAGUUGGAGACCAGACCAGAGAGAGUUAGUAAAAUAAUAAUAAAAAAUCUUUGGUUUGUACUUGUAUGUAUAUAUAUGUAUGGAGUAAGAUUAAGUUAGAUAAAAAAUUCUACUGAAGUUUUUUGGUUCUAUGUUUGAAAUU